CCCGGCGGUGUGUGAAUGGCGGCCUCGGCAGCGGCGGCGGCGGCGGCGGCCUCGGCUGCGUCGGGUAGCCCCGGCCCAGGCGAGGGCUCGGCGGGUGGCGAGAAGCGUGCCGCCGCCUCAUCGGCUGCAGGCUCGGCUUCGGCCUCGGCGUCGUCGCCCGGUUCGGGCGGUGGCGAGGUGCUGGAGCUGCUGGAGCAUUGCGGCCUGUGUCGAGAGCGCCUGCGGCCCGAGCGGGAGCCGCGCCUGCUCCCCUGCCUGCACUCGGCCUGCAACGCCUGCCUCGGGCCUGCCGCACCCGCCGCGUCCAAUAGCUCAGGAGACGGCGGCGCGGCGGGGGACAGCGCGGUGGUGGAUUGUCCCGUGUGCAAGCAGCAGUGCUUCUACAAAGAUAUCGUGGAAAACUAUUUUAUGCGCGACAGUGGUAGCAAGGCUGCCACCGAUUCCCAGGAUGCUAAUCAGUGCUGCACCAGCUGUGAGGAUAAUGCACCCGCCACCAGCUACUGCGUGGAAUGCUCCGAACCGCUUUGUGAGACAUGUGUGGAGGCACACCAGCGGGUGAAGUACACCAAGGACCACACUGUGCGAUCCACUGGGCCGGCUAAGACGCGGGAUGGCGAGCGCACUGUGUACUGCAGCGUACACAAGCACGAGCCCCUUGUGCUGUUUUGCGAGAGCUGUGACACCCUCACCUGUCGGGACUGCCAGCUCAAUGCCCACAAGGACCAUCAGUACCAGUUUCUGGAGGAUGCAGUGAGGAACCAGCGCAAGCUCCUGGCCUCGUUGGUGAAGCGCCUGGGGGACAAGCAUGCCACGCUGCAGAAGAGUACCAAGGAGGUUCGCAGCUCAAUCCGCCAGGUGUCAGACGUGCAGAAGCGUGUGCAGGUGGAUGUUAAGAUGGCCAUUCUGCAGAUAAUGAAGGAGCUGAAUAAGCGCGGUCGCGUGUUGGUCAAUGAUGCCCAGAAGGUGACCGAGGGGCAGCAGGAGCGGCUGGAGCGGCAGCACUGGACCAUGACCAAGAUCCAGAAGCACCAGGAGCAUAUCCUGCGCUUUGCCUCCUGGGCCCUGGAGAGUGACAACAACACGGCUUUGCUGCUGUCCAAGAAGCUGAUCUACUUCCAGCUGCACCGUGCUCUCAAGAUGAUCGUGGACCCCGUGGAGCCACACGGCGAGAUGAAAUUCCAGUGGGACCUGAACGCCUGGACCAAGAGUGCUGAGGCCUUCGGCAAGAUCGUGGCAGAGCGCUCGGGCACCAACUCCACAGGCCCUGCACCCAUGGCCCCUCCGCGGGCCCCUGGCCCACUGAGCAAGCAGGGCUCGGGCAGCAGCCAGCCCAUGGAGGUACAGGAAGGCUACGGCUUUGGGUCAGUAGAUGACCCCUACUCCAGUGCGGAGCCUCACGUAUCGGGUGUGAAGCGGUCUCGCUCUGGUGACGGUGAGGUGAGCGGCCUCAUGCGCAAGGUGCCGCGGGUGAGCCUCGAGCGCCUGGACUUGGACCUCACAGCCGACAGCCAGCCACCCGUAUUCAAGGUGUUUCCAGGCAACACCACAGAGGACUACAAUCUCAUUGUCAUCGAGCGUGGUGGUGCUGCCGCGGCUGCCGGUCAGCCAGGGACUGCACCCCCUGGAGCCCCUGGAGCUCCGCCCCUGCCUGGCAUGGCCAUUGUCAAGGAGGAAGAGACAGAGGCAGCAAUUGGAGCUCCGCCUGCUGCUGCUGAAGGCCCCGAGACCAAGCCCGUGCUGAUGGCCCUGGCAGAGGGCCCUGGUUCUGAGGGCCCCCGCCUGGCCUCACCCAGUGGUAGCACCAGCUCGGGUCUGGAGGUGGUGGCCCCUGAAGGUGCCUCAGCCUCAUCUGGUGGCCCAGGUGCCCUGGACGACAGCGCCACCAUCUGUCGCGUCUGCCAGAAGCCAGGUGACCUGGUCAUGUGCAACCAGUGCGAAUUUUGCUUCCACCUGGACUGCCACCUGCCGGCUCUGCAGGAUGUGCCAGGGGAAGAGUGGAGCUGUUCACUUUGCCAUGUGCUCCCUGACCUGAAGGAGGAGGACGGGAGCCUCAACCUGGAUGAGGCCGACACAACUGGUGUGGUGGCCAAGCUUUCACCGGCCAACCAGCGGAAGUGUGAGCGUGUCCUGCUGGCCCUGUUCUGCCAUGAGCCGUGCCGGCCCCUGCACCAGCUGGCCACUGACUCCACCUUCUCCUUGGACCAGCCUGGGGGCACCCUGGACCUGACACUGAUCCGUGCCCGUCUCCAGGAGAAAUUAUCACCUCCCUACAGUUCCCCCCAGGAAUUUGCCCAGGAUGUGGGGCGUAUGUUCAAGCAGUUCAACAAGCUGACAGAGGACAAGGCGGACGUGCAGUCCAUCAUUGGUCUGCAACGCUUUUUUGAGACGCGCAUGAAUGAAGCUUUUGGCGACACCAAGUUCUCAGCAGUGCUGGUCGAGCCUCCACCACUGAGCCUACCUGGUGCUGGUCUGGGGGCCCCAGAGCUGUCUGGUGGCCCCAGUGAUGGCCUCUGAGGCUGGUGUCCCCAUGGCCAGCCUGGCGUGGCUCUGUUCUGUCCUGUUCCCCCUUCCCUGCCUCCUGGUGGCCUGGCUCCCACUCCCUGGUGGCCCUGUCCCCAGUUCCUCACAUUAUGGUUUUUACUUCUGUGGAUUUAAUAAAAACUUCACCAGUUCCUUGGAUCUCACUAUUGGGGAGUUUGGGACGCAGUAGUUGAUGGGGUAUUGGUGGUUGUAGAGCCACAGUGGCUGUAAGGGGCCUCAUCCCCAGACUACC